CAAUCAAAAUCAAGAUCGCUGGGUGCGGUUUAGACUGAUGGCAAAAAAGAACCAAUCACUGCUCAGCCUCCUCUGCAGGACCCGUCUUCCGGUAAAAGGAACUCCAGGGAGUCAGUAAAAAUGAGUUACCAGUACGGAAAGGGCUAUCCAGGACAGCCGUCUGCACCUCAUGCUCCAUACAGUGGAGGGAGUGGCCCGUAUGGCCCGGCACCCUCUGCUCCAUAUGGGGGUACAGCAGGCCCACCAGGAGGCCAAUAUGGACCAGGACAAGGCGGGCACUAUGGACCUGGACCAGGAGGCGCUUAUGGCGGUUACGGUGGACACCCUCACGGUGCACCUUACAGGCAACCCGCUCCUUCAGGGAACAUCCCUCCUGGUGUUAACGCAGAAGCCCAGCAGUGGUUCCAUAGUGUCGACACAGACCAUAGUGGCUUCAUCAAUAUGAAGGAGCUCAAACAGGCGCUGGUCAACUCCAACUGGUCCACUUUUAACGAUGAGACGUGCCUCAUGAUGAUCAACAUGUUUGACAAGACAAGGUCAGGUCGCAUGGACCUUUUUGGCUUCUCUGCCUUAUGGGACUUCAUGCAAAGGUGGAGAGCUCUCUUUCAGCAAUAUGACCGGGACCGCUCAGGUUCUAUUAGUGGGACAGAGCUACAUCAAGCUCUUGCGCAGAUGGGCUACAACAUGAGCCCACAAUUUUCCGAGGCAUUGGUGCGGCGCUUCAGUGUCCAUGCUGCCCGUCCGGGCAUCCAAUUAGACCGCUUCAUCCAGGUGUGCACACAGUUGGAGAGCAUGACGCACGUCUUCAGGGAGAAAGACACUAACAGGACAGGAAACAUCCGCCUCAACUAUGAGGAUUUCCUAUCGGGUGCCAUCACCAGGCUAAUGUGAGCAUCCCAGUGACAGUCAGGCCUCCCAUGCCUCCCUGCAUUCGGUACACCAGCCAGUAGAUCCUGUGGCUUGAUGCUACAUAUAGUUGACACCAAAACAAAUAAGGGCUAGAGGUGAAGUAGUGACAUUUCCACCACAGAGGCCUUUCUGUUUAUUGGGACAAUUACUCUUUUGAUUUUUCUCAAAGAUGGGUCUCAUAAAUACUCCCUUUUACAUGUCUGCUAAACUGGAGUAAUUUAGGGUUGGUACUAAAUGAUAAACACAUUUAUAUAUUAAAAGAAUUAUGUCAUGAUCCCAAGCACUAAAUUGAAAGUAUUUCAAUGUUUUUAAGUAACACCUCAGAAUGUUUCAUGAUUGUAGAAUCCACAAAAAGUAUUUUUGGACCUCCAUACCACUGAUUAGCUGCAAAUAUAUCCCUGUGUCUAUAUUUAAUGAACAGAUUGUAUUUUACAUUCCACUGAGACAUGCCAAAUAUUUUUUUGAAUGUCAAAACAAAUAAAGAAC